GACAAGAUGACAACUCAUAUUUUUACCAAAGGAUCCAGUGAGUCAUCCUAUUAACUCCACUGAAAUACAUGCUUGCCAAUCGUCCUGCCACGUUAGCCAACCAAUAUCACAAUGACUGAGGAUUUAGACCACAGAUUCAGUAGUCUCACCUGGGAUCAGAUUAAAAUCUUGGAUCAAGUUUUAGCUGAGGUCAUACCUAUUCAUGGCAGGGGAAAUUUUCCAACACUGGAUGUAAAGCCGAAGGAUAUAAUUCAUGUGGUAAAGGAGCAGCUCAUUGAAAAGCAAAUCAAUGUUAGAGAUAUCCGCCUGAACGGUUCGACAGCCAGUCACAUCCUAGUGAAGCAGAACGGAACCAGUUACAAGGACCUAGACAUCAUUUUUGGAGUGGAACUUCCAAGUGAGCUCGAGUUCCAGGUUGUUAAGGAAGCGGUUCUUCAUUGCCUAUUGGACUUCUUGCCAAAAUGUGUUAAUAAGGAAAAAAUCACUGCUCAGACCAUGAAAGAUGCCUAUGUGCAGAAGAUGGUCAAAGUGUCUACCGACCAUGACCGCUGGAGUCUCAUCUCACUGUCAAACAACAGCGGCAAGAAUGUGGAAUUAAAGUUCGUCAACUCGCUCAGACGGCAGUUUGAGUUUAGCGUGGACUCCUUUCAAAUCAUACUGGACUCCAUAUUAAACGUUUACAGAGCAACAGACUGCAAACUGACAGAAGACUCUCACCCCACAGUCAUCGCUGAGAGUAUGUACGGAGACUUCAAUGAAGCAAUGAUCCACUUAAGAUACAAACUGAUUUCCACAAGGAACCCGGAGGAAAUCAGAGGAGGUGGCCUCCUGAAGUACAGCAAUCUCCUGGUUCGUGACUUUAAGCCAGCGGAUGAGUCUGAAAUUAAAUCUCAGGAACGUUACAUGUGCUCCAGGUUCUUCAUUGAUUUUCCAGAUGUUGCUGAGCAGCAAAGGAAAAUUGAGUCAUAUCUGCGCAACCACUUCAUUGGGGAAGAAAAAAGCAAGUAUGACUAUUUGAUGACUCUGCAUGGAGUUGUAAACAAGAGCACAGUCUGUCUCAUGGGACACGAACGAAGACAAACUCUGAAUAUGAUUACAGUUCUGGCUUUAAAAGUACUUGGAGAACAAAAUAUCAUCCCAAAUGCAGCCAAUGUAACAUGCUAUUAUCAGCCUGCUCCAUAUAUCAGUGACAGAAACUUCAGCAGUUACUACAUUGCUCAUGGACAACCACCUAUCAUCUACCAGCCAUACCCAUUUCACAUACCAAUGCAGAGCGGCAUGGUUUAGGAACACGAUAACCUCCUCAGCACUUCCACUCCUCUCUCUUUCCAGUUCUCUCCAUAAUAAAAGCAUCAUUAAA